CUUUGCUCUUAUGUGGAUGCUCUUCAGCGUGGGUGGAGCAUCGGGGUUCUUCAGCGAAAUCGAGAAAAGUAUCGUCGAAGCUUUCAAAGAAUAUUUCCCCAUGGAAAACAAAAACCUGAUCGAAGGAGAUAUCAUUCCCGAUGCUCGAGAGUCGCUUUCAUACAACGCGAUGACUUCCGAAUCAAAACGCUGGUACAAAGGCUUGGUUCCUUACGUUAUCGACUCGAGUCUCCGCCCGAUGGAGCCUCUGAUACAGGAAGCGAUGAAGAACAUUCAGACUCGAACUGCAUGUAUUCGUUUCAAGCCGAGGAGCGGCGAGAGAGACUUCAUUCUCAUCAAGAAAGGCAAAGGCUGCAACAGCUACGUCGGUCGUCAAGGCGGACAGCAAGAAGUUUCCAUCGGGGAAGGCUGUGAAUCUUUUGGAGUGGUCGUUCACGAACUGACCCAUUCACUCGGCUUCCACCACGAACACAACCGCUCGGACAGGGACCAAUACAUAAAAAUCUACAUGGAAAACAUUGAUCCUCAAUACGGCAGCCAAUUCCGGAAAAAAUCACCCAACGAAAAUCGGUUGAUCAACGCAUUCAGCUACGACUCUAUCAUGCUGUACGGUUCGAAGUCGUUUUCGAAAAGCAAGAGAAAGCCUUCCAUGACCAAGCUCAAUGGGGAAACCUUGACCGAAGUUCAUCAUAAGAAAGGAUUAAGCAAAAGUGACGUCGAGCGGAUUAGGAAACUGUAUUCGUGCUAG